CAGCUGAGUUGUUCAUGCUGACGUGAAGAUUAUGACAUUUUUUCGUUAACAGAACAAAUGGCAGAUUCUUUUUUUGGAUUUAACACGUCCUUAUCAGGCUAUUUAGAUGAAGAACUGCCUGAUGGACCUGGACCAGAGUUGGAAGAUGAAGAGGAGGAAUAUGAUGCUCUCAAUGAUGAAACGUUUGGUGCUGAUGCACUUGCAGAAGGAGACUGGGAAGAAGACCAUGAGAAACUGGCAGAACUGGCUGAGCAGUCUAGACUCGCUAUUCAUGGAAGUGAGGGUGCAGCAACAGGGCCUAUAUCGUCGACACCUCGACACAACCAGCCCCUGUCUCGCACACAGUCGCUUCCUCAUUCUGAUUCCUCAGAAGACUUUGAUCUUGAGGCUAGAGUUGCCCAUCUUAUGCUUGAAGAGGAAGAUGAAGGUGAUCUAGGAACAGAUGAUGUUGUUUUAGAGAAUGGAGACCUAGAUGCAUCAGAAUCUCAUCAACACAAUAAUCAUUUAGAGAAUGUUGCAAACUUUCCUAAAGUUGCAGACUUGGGUGCUUUCAAUAACAUGUCUCCAUCAAGUUUCUCCAUGUGGGGUGUUGGAAAGUUGGAUGGUCUCACAUUUCAAACAGCUACCACCACUGUUUCCCCAAAACCACUGCCAGGGGGGAAGAGUGUGUGCACAGUGGAAGAACUUGAGCGAGGUCUCAUCCAGCAGUCGGCAGUGUCUUCAGCUUCUAGCCAACCACCUCCACCAGCAGCUGUGCUGCGUGUUGAAGACAUCGAGCGGGAGCUUACUAUGUCAUCUGGACACAGUAAUAGCAGUGGCAGCAGUGCAGGACACUCGUCUGUUACUACUACUAGUCCUGCUGCUGGGCCAAUUGCUCAGCCUACUAGCCCUCCUCAGGUUCCACAAUUUCCACCUCCUCCAAUAACUGUGCAGUCUCAGGAAGCGGUUCGUGGUACCCAGGCAACUCUAGGGCGGGGCAUAAGUUUCCCCCCGCCAGUGUUAGGACUGACUCGAGCAGCAAGUCAUCCGAAUGGCCCUUUUGUGGUGCCUCCACCGAGAGUAGUUGCACCACCUCCUGCCCAACCACCGCCUGGUAUCCACCCAGUGCUGUUGCACCAGGCGAACCACCGACUAGGUUCAAAUCCAAACCUCUUAAGAUUCAUACCUCCACAUUUAAUGGGCCAUCCUGGUACUGUUGGGAAAAGCCUACAAGUCUUUCCAGGUGAUAAUGGAUUGCUGAGAAAUGUGCCACACAGGGGGCCAAAUGUUCAAUUUCGUCCAGGGUUUCCCAUGGGGGACCAUAUGUGGCAGCAGCAACAGAAUCAACACUUACAGCAACAGAAUCACCCACACCACCCAAUGCAUCACCACCCACUCCAUAUCCAACAGCAACAGUUACAGCAGCAGAGGUUGCGGGCAGUGGGGAAGGCUGUCAACCACAGACAGCAUUACAAUCAUCAGCAGCAGAAUGGUGUGGUGGAUGAAUAUGCUGGUCUCAUGAGCCACCGUGAACGGCAGUGGUUGCUUGGCAUUCAAAUGCUACAGCUUAACACUAACACGCCACACAUAGAUGAUUAUUAUUAUACUGUAUUUAUGUCUCGCCAACUGAAAAAUGAGCAGAAAGAUGGCAGUGUCCUUAUUGCUGCUCAACAACACCACCAGCAGCUGCAGCGGCAAAGGGAGCGCAGGGAUAGUCAGCGGUCGGAAGGAGGCCAGUCCUCACUCCAACAGCCCCGGGUCUACACUCCUGCUCAGUUUGAGAACUCACUUGGCAAACUUCAGGUUGGAAGUGUCACUGCACCAAGGAAGAUAAUUGAUAUGGACAUCAUGAACACAGAUACCAGUGAUGCAGUAUUGCCACCACAGCAGAAGGACUUGAGGAAAACUAAGCAGCUUCUUUUGGAAAUAGAAAGGCUGUACAUGUUAAUACUUCAAGUGGAAGAUCUGAAGAGCGACAUACCAGAAAUACGGGAAGCAGUGACAGAAAAUAGAGAAGAACUCCUGCGCAAAAUAGUCUCUGCAGUCCUGCUGGGUGAUCGUCUGGCAAGCAUUCUCUGCGUCCGGAAGGGCAGGAAGCUUAUACUACGGCUGCUGCCACAAUUGCCAUUGGAUUCAUCCAGCCUGGCUCAGCUGUGGGGAAGGGUGGUUCGUGGCCUUGCUUCACCACCAAGGCGAGAUGUGGAAGCUCUGUAUCCUUAUUUCCAUCAAUGGCUCGCUGCCCAGGCUGAAAUGUUGCCACUAAUCAGCAUUGUACGCAGUCCACCUCGCUCCUUCUCUGUCACUAACAAGUUUGCACUUUCUGUGUACGGCGCCCUUUUGGAACGAGCUGAACAACUUUCGUCAGCAGCUGAAUCUGUGCAAUUGGAGGAGUGGGCAGUUUUUGUUCAAAGACUGGGAGCAGCAGCUGCUGGCCUCCCAUCAACACCUCUACCUGACAUGCUGCAGCCACUGGAUGGAACCCUUGCUGCAUCAAACCUGAAGCGUCACUGCCCUCCAUGUAGUGGUUGCGAAUGGCUGACUCGAGCAUUUGGCCCUCGGGAUUCUUCCGUAUCUCGCUAAGAAAAUGGCAGAGGUGUACUUGUGUCCUGGAAUUUCAUUAAUUCUACUGCAUGUCUGCUGUUUGUGUGCACAUACUUAAUUAUCCGAAGCUGUUAACCACUGAGAAGUCUCUUGCCCAUUUGUGGUUGUUGCACAUUAGUUUGUGUAUUCCUACUUUUGAAGCUGUAAAGUUAAUAUGUAAUGUUUUGAAAUGAGACAUGUGAUAUAUGAGUAAGUCUCAGAGAAAACUAUUCUGGCAGCUAUAUAUAUCUGUAAACUAGUAACAUUGAUUACCUCAUUCUUACAUAGUAAGAAUGGGUUGUACGAUUUGUAUCUGUAAGAAGUGAUGAAAUGACAUGUGGAUAAGAAGUAUGUGUGACUAGUGUACCUGCCAAUUCUAUACGUGAUAAGUCUGAUGAUACUACAGUGUGUAGAGUGACACACUGUAAAAUUAGCUGUUUUUGUUCAUUUAUUUGAUAGAUUAAUAUGUUCGUGUAUCGAGUAUGUGUGUAAUAGUUUUGUGUCCUUAGUCCAGAAAGCAUCUAUCUUUGUUGCUAAGAGAAGCACAUUACAAUCACCCUUUUGGUUUCUUGUCUCUCUAACUGGAACACAAAAGAAAUUACUUUUUAUUUUUCAGAGAGGUAGGAAGAUAAACUGUGGAAAGUUUUAAUAAUAGGGUGCUCAUAACUGCAAUAUAGAAGAAAUAAUUUUCUUAUUCUUGUUGUACAUUUAUAUUAUAUGAAAAUGUAUAUUCAGUUUAGAAGUUACUACAUAGUAAUGGAGAAUAUUUUGUUGAUUACAAUUGCUCUGCUGUUCGUACUGAAAUGUAGAGGCUAGCAGUGAGAAGUCCAUUAGUUAUACACUAUUUCCUGACACCAAGCAGUGGGCUACAUGCCUGUUUUUGUCUAUUAUGUCCUGGGCAAUUUGUAUCUGAGGUUUGCUUUGGACUAAAAACCAUGUAGCUUACAAACUCAUAAGCGUUUAAUUGCAAUGAUUGUUUAUUUUAAGCUUGAUAAAGAGUUUCUGAUAGAUUUUCUUAAUAUAACUAUUGAUUUCUGUCAUUAUCAUUAAUGAUAAAGACUGUUGAGAAGCCAAGCUUUGGCUGUUUUGUUCCAUGAGUUUAACGAUAUGAUGUGAAAGAUUAUGUUGAAUGAGAUCUGAAUGUUCAUUAAAAACCUGGUAGCCAUAUUAAGUCUAUAGUUUUGGGCUCCUAUAUAUUUGAAAACUUAGUAAUCAAUUUUUAAAUUGCUUUGGUAAAAUUUGCAGUAAUUUUAGAUGUUCAGAGUCCUUCAGCUUUGAAAAUGGGUGUGUCACUUUCUCAGCUAAAAUGCGUAUUCCCUCAAAUUUAAAUGCAGACCUGAAAAAUAUCAUUUAUUGAUUUAUUUACCAUUCUGGUAUUUGGACACUAUUAAUAUGACUGCAUACCUUAACCUUGUUGGAGAUGUUCUAAAUUUCAUUUUCAUGUGUUUAGCAAAAUGAUUGAAACAUGUUGGCAGCUAAUAACCUAUGUUCAUCAAGCUGUCAGUUACAAAGUAGCACCUUUCUGCAGUUAUAGGAAUACUUCAUUUGAAAAUAGCUUGAAAACCGUCUCAAAGACAUCCAUAUAAUUUGUGGAACACAUUUUGUGAAUUGUAAUACGUUUAAUUUGGAGUUUAUUUCAACAUAUUUUGGUUUCGUUCUUCUCUUAACCCCCCCCCCCCCCCCAACCCCUCACACAGUCAGUUUUAGAAAGUUGUUGUUUCAUAACCUCUGUUCAAAAAAUCUGACAUUACAGGCUACAAACUGUUUUCAAGGAAAAAAUCCCGUAUUUAUCAGAAGUGUAAUGAGCUGACAGGACCAAUAAAUAAAACAGGUGAUAGCAAAUUUUGGAAACUAAAAUUUGUUACUGCCAUGCAUCAUAUCUCAUAUUUGUCCUGGACUCUACAAUAUUAUCUGUGCGUACUUUCUUCAUCUUUGUUCUUUAACUUCCAACGAACUCCCACAAGGUGGUAAAACCAUUUUCAGAUUGCUGCUAAUUCUGUUGUAGUUUCUACAAAUAAUGAUAGAUGGUGGUAGUAUGCAUACAGUCAAUUUCAGUUUUGUAAUUUUUUUUCUUAUGUUUCCAGAGAAGCAAGAACUUCAUAGUGUUUUGAUUGUCAAGAUUUGUAAAUAUAUUCUGUGUUUGUUCAGCAUGUAGGCUCAAAAUUGAAUACUGCCAUUCCAUAUUACAUGGCAUGUCAAUUAUGUUUGAGUAUAGGUCUCUGUUUUCUACUGAGAUUAAGUGUUAUAGAGGUGAGCACUGCAUUAUGGAGGUCUGUAAAUGUUACUUUUCUGUACUGUAAUUUGUCAAUUUUUUCUGGAGCCCAAGUAAUGACUUAUAAAUUGUGUAGAUGUAUCAUUUGCAAAGUUCCAUUAGACUUUUUUUUUUCAACACUGAUUUUGAUUUAAAGGCUGUGUCAUAGUCAUGAAACACAAAAGUGACAUUUUGAAUGCAAUUAUAAGUGUAAUUAAUUCCUCGAAUAUUUAUCAUAUUAUAGUUUUAUUUUUUAAAAUGAUGGUAAAUAUUUCGCAAGAAAUUUAUUAUGAGAAUAGAUUGUGAUUAUGUUUUGUUUUUAACUUUGAUUUGUAUGACAGGCUUUCAGUAGUUAAGAAGAAUGACCAAAACAUAAUCUGCUGGCGUUUCAGCUGAAGACUAAGCUUUAUAUCUGAUCAUUUUUCACUAUUUGUAGUUGAAGUAUUAUUAAUUCACUAAUGAGUGCAAUAACAAUGUUAUGUGGCUUAUUUUCUAAGACUGCUGUGUUGUCAAUGUAAUUUGAGAACUUGAAAUUUAUUGUACAUUGCCAGAGAGAGAGAGAGAGAGAGAGAGAGAGAGAGAGAGAGAGAGAGAGAGAGAGAGAGAAUUGAUUAUAUGUCAGCAACAAACACUUAGCCAAUGGCGAAAUGCUGACAUUAAAGAAUGUGAGGAGAAUAUAUUUGCACCAAGCACACAAUUAGUUUUAUCUAGUAAACCAUAAUUCCUACACCACAAGCUUGCUUUCUACAUCAUAACUAUUUGUUCCAUGUUAUUACGUCAAUGCUUGAUAUUCUUUCAUAUAUAAGGGUUAGUUUCUCAAGGACUACAACUGUUUAAGUAAUUCACAAAUUAUGACAAUUUUGUGUGUCAGUCACACUUUAUUUCUGCCCUCAUUACUGAUGCAAAAUAUUGCUGAUUAUACUUUGUCCGUGAUUAACUAAAUUUUGCUGUUUUAAUGUCAAUGAAACAUGAAGGAAGGAAAUGACUAUGACUUUUUAAGUUCCAGUGUUCGUGGCACAGUUUUGAUCUUAGUCCAAAUUACCCAUCUCAAAUUUUUCUGUCUAAAAAAUGUAUCUGUAUACUGGACACUGGACUGUCAUCUUUAAAGUAGAGUACAUAAUUAGUUUUGCCAUAUUAACUAUAAUUUGUACUAACUAGUUGGUAUGUACUUCAGUUGUCCAAAAGCUCACUAUUAAUUAACUGAAUUUGGUUAUUGUAUGUAUUUUCUUUGUGAGAAAUAGUGCCUCUUUCUGUGCUUCAAUUUUUCUUCUUCUUUAUCUGACUGUUAUGAUUGUGAAUCAGCACCACAUCUCUGUUGUACUGAAAAUCUUACUGAAAAAUGUCUACCAGAGAGGUAUCGUUUCGUUCUUCACUUGUAAUUUGCAAGAACCUGGUGACGUUUGAAGAAAUUUUCAUGUUUAAUUUCAUUAAUUUGCUCCGAUUGUCUUCAAAUUGUUCUCCUUUACUUCAGUCUAUUAAAGGUUUGUGUCUACAUAAUGUAUUGAUUUCUUAUAUAGUUUCUAGAUUUUGCAGUUUCUUGCUGUAAGUUAGACACAGCGAAUAGCAUAAUGCUUGCCAAUAUUGGUAAUUUAUCUAUUAGUGUGGUAUACUUUGUGAUCCUGAUGUCUUUCUCUUACUGUUUUGAUGAAUAGUAUGUUUGACAUUGAAAGUCAUAAAUUGAAAGUACCACGCAGUUUCCUUCCUCUCUCAACUUGCCUUUUGAACCUCCUUUUCCUUUCUUUUUAUUUUUGUGCAAAAUUUCAUUAUAUUCUUUAAAAAAAUCUAGAAUGUGUAUUAAUUGAUAAAUAUAUAUCUAUCAUCCUUAUCAGAGUCCAUGAUUUAACUUGAAAAUAAACAUAAUUAAAACUUAAUUUGAAAAGCAAAUACUACCAGAAUUUAAACUAGAAGUCAUCAUCUCUUUUUCUGAUCUUAAGUGUAGGGUGCCACCUGCCGCAAUGGUAUCCUGCAGUUGCAAAUUCAUCCGCCAUAGCCAGUAUUGUUAAAAUCCUUGUACUGUAUCCUGUGGUAAUGUUCUUUUGCUACAUAAGUUUCCCGAGUCAACCAGCCCACAUGCAGUUAAUGUGAUGCAAAAUCUACCAUUACAGCGGACUCUGCUUACAUCAUUAAGGCAGUCAUCCUGUCUGCACACCAUAAUUCAUUUACAGUUUAUAAGUCUGCUUAAUAGCCUGUUGAAUUCUG